UGGGACAGACGUCCUUCAUUUUGAUUGAAGAAACUUGAGACUCUUUUAAGCCCGAAAAAUCUCUCUGCCGCUACUGCUGCUUGCAUCUCUCCGCCCUGAGAAGUGGAUCGCUCUCAUUUCUCAGGCAAAUAGCCGGUCUGAUCUCUGAUCAGGAUAAUGAACUUUCUGCAUCGGUAUACUACCCAAAACGUGGUGACAGAACAAGUUCCUGUACAUGAACCUCCUGCAGACACUCGUUAUGCAUCAAAACCAUCAGCAACUUUGGAGGGUCUUAUAGCUGAAGAUCCAUUCAUCCAAUCUCCUACAGCAGAAGGUCAUAGUGGAGAGGCUUUGGUAAUUGGAGAUGAAAAUGGCACAGCUGGUGGUGUGAGCACAAAGAAUUACUCUUUUGUUGUGGAGAACCACUCAGACGUUUCUGAAGAAGAAGGAUGGAUCACCAUUCCACACGGGGAACUUCCUGAUGGUUGGAAUAGUGCUCCGGAUAUACAUUCAUUAUGCUCCCUGGAUCGGUCCUUCGUUUUUCCUGGUGAGCAAGUUCAUAUUUUGGCAUGUUUGUCAGCAUGUAAGCAGGAUAUAGAAAUUAUUACUCCAUUUAAAGUGGCUGCAGUGAUGUCUAAGAAUGGCAUGGGACAAAAACCUGAAAAGCAAAAUGGGAAUGUGAAAGAAGGAACAAAUUUGGUAUCUAGGGAAGGGGAAGUGAGUACUGAUGCUCAAGUUACGGACCAAAAUGGGAAUGAGCCAUCAAAAAGGGAGAUUGAUCUAAAAAAGGAUAUUUCUACCAGUGAAUCCAUUCUUAGAAUGGAAAAUCACAAAAGACAAACUGAAAUGUUAUUGCAAAGAUUUAGGAACUCUCACUUUUUUGUCAGGAUUGCUGAAUCUGGGGAGCUACUUUGGUCAAAAAAAGGUGCUCCUGCUCCAAAUUCCCCUGAACUGGAUGAUCAGAACUCCAGCGAAAAUGGAACCAAAGGAACUGCGAAUAACUUGUCCCGACUUGGUGCUCUUAUUGACAGAGGAGAUUUUGAUGCCCAUGUCUCUGGUGGAGCAGCCAGAAAUACUGUUAAAUGUUUCUCUCUCCCUAAUGGAGACAUAGUGGUACUUUUGCAAGUUAAUAUUGGUGUUAAUUUUAUGAGAGAUCCUGUCAUUGAGAUUCUUCAAUUUGAAAAAAAUCAUGAGAAAAAUCUGUCUGCUGAGAACAGGGACAAUUUAAAUGCCGAGAAUUAUGAUCCUUGUGGUGAAUUGUUAAAAUGGUUGCUUCCUUUGGAUAACACACUUCCUUCUCCACCACGAUCUCCUCCUCGUUUAGGUUCUGGUUCAGAAAUUGGUGGGGCUUCUCAAAAGUCUGCCGCUUCUGGUUCUCAGCUCUUCUCUCAUUUUAGAAGUUACUCCAUGUCGUCAUUGCCUCAAAAUACCAUACCACCUCCUCAACCUGUUAAAGUCCAAAGUUCUAAGCCCAACUUUGACAUUGGAGACUGGAGCCAAUACUCAUCUCAGAAGUUAUGGAAAAAUCAAAAAACAGGGGGUGAUAAUCUUCUAUCUUUCCGAGGUGUAUCGUUAGAGCGAGAGAGAUUUUCUGUUCGCUGUGGGUUGGAAGGAAUCUAUAUUCCAGGAAGGAAGUGGCGAAGGAAACUUGAAAUAAUUCAACCAGUAGAAAUCCAUUCUUUUGCUGCUGACUGCAAUACAGAUGACCUUCUCUGUGUCCAGAUAAAGAAUGUUUCUCCAAAAAGAAAUCCCGAAAUUGUGAUAUACAUAGAUGCUAUAACGAUUGUUUUUGAGGAGGCUUCAAAGGCUGGAUUACCUUCAUCAUUACCAAUUGCAUGCAUUGAAGCUGGAAAUGCCCACUAUUUACCAAAUCUAGCCCUCAGGAGGGGUGAAGAACACUCUUUUAUUCUUAAACCAGCAUGUUCUACCAUGCAGAAGAAGCUUAAAGUUCAUGGUGAAAGAAUAACCCCACCUUCAAGUUCUCGUCUUGCAUCAAAUAACAUUGAGGGAAGGAGGACUGUUUCAAAUGCUGAUCAGUAUGCAAUUAUGGUAUCUUGUCGAUGCAAUUACUCUGAAUCAAGGCUGUUUUUCAAGCAGCCAACUAGUUGGCGACCACGUAUCUUAAGGGAUCUUAUGAUAUCUGUCGCAUCGGAAGUGUCAGGACAAUCUUCUGGACCUAAUGAAAGAGCCUCUCAGCUUCCGGUUCAGGUCUUGACCCUUCAGGCAUCAAAUUUGACAUCUGAAGAUCUAACUAUGACAGUUCUCGCUCCUGCCUCAUUUACUUCUCCUCCUUCAGUGGGGUCCUUGAGUUCACCAAGAUCACCAAUAAAUCCAUUUGUUAGUUUGUCUGAAUCUACAGGUCAAGUAAAUGGGGAGAGACAUGGUGCUGUAAAACAGAGGCUGAGCUCUUUGCCUCCACCAGAGAAUCCAAAACAAAGUGGCAAUAUUGUUCACUCUGUUUCUUUUAAUGAGCAGUCUUCUCCAAUAUCUGAUGUCAUUUCUAGUAAUGAUUUGGGUUGCACACACCUGUGGCUCCAGAGUAGAGUACCAUUAGGAUGUGUUCCUGCCCAGUCGACAGCUACCAUCAAGCUUGAGCUACUUCCCUUGACAGAUGGCAUAAUUACACUGGACACAUUACAGAUUGAUGUUAAGGAGAAAGGUUUUACCUAUAUUCCUGAGCACUCACUAAAGAUAAACGCAACUUCGAGCAUUUCCACUGGGAUUGUUUAGGAUGGAUUUGGUGUAAUUUCUGUUUCUUACCACAUCUUAUCUUCAGCAAUGGAAAGGAAUUCAAAGGGCUGCCUAACACGAGACCUAGUUAUUUGUGUUCCUCGAUGUUGUGGGAAUGGUUAUGUUGAUUUGUUUAGGAAAGCUAUAGCCUCACCUCAUCUAGCGUAAAUCAUGAACUGGAGAAACAAUGGUUGUCAUAUAGCCUCGUAAUGGGAGAGAAAUAUACCCUUAAUAGAUUGAUUGAAUUGUGUGAAUUGUUUCAAUUUAAUAGUUCAACGGCUCGGCACAUAAUUCGUUACUGUUUGUGUAUUGUAUUGGCUAACUCUGUACACCCCCAUUUUUCCUAUUACACUUUUAGAUGCAAUCUGAAGGCCUUUUUGUUGUGUUUACCUAAAAUGGAUUACUAUCUGUAUUCCUCCAUACACUUUACUGCUCAUAAUAUAAAUGAUUUGUGUUCUGCUCU